AUGCAUGAAUCAAUAAACUGGACAUGUGUCCAUUUCUUCUACUGUGACGAGCGAUUAGUUCAUUUUGAGUCUAACGAAUCUACUCAUGGCCAGUACCAGAGGCACUUAUACUCAAAAAUCUGCAUUCCCCCGGAAAACAUCCACGCCAUUAAGCCGUCCCUUCCAGUUAAGGAAGCGGCAUCACAUUAUCAAAGUGAGUUACUCAACUUUUUUGGUUCAGAUCGCGGCAUUCCAUCCUUUGACAUUCUUAUACUUGGCAUCGGCCCCGAUGGUCAUACUUGCUCAUUAUUCCCAAAUCACCCGCUGCUUGGGGUCGAUGAGUUGAUAGUGGCUUCAUUAACGGAUAGUCCAAAGCCGCCCCCCGAAAGGGUAACGCUCACCCUUCCUAUCAUUAAUAGAGCGAAGCGCGUAGCUUUUGUUGCUACCGGCGAAGCGAAGUCUGAGGCGGUACAUCAUAUUCAUAGUGAAAGCGCUAGCAUAAACUAUCCAGCUAGUUUGGUACGUCCAUUCGAUGGUGAGCUAUUAUGGUUCCUGGACGGUGCUGCAUCAUCCAAAUUGCACCUGUAA